AAAGGAUAAAUUUGUAAAUUUAAAAUUAAUUUAAAUCUUUUCCUUCCUUCCCUUCCUUUUACCUUAAUUAUCCAAAUAUAAAAUAAUACAAUCCUUCCCUUCCCUUCCCCUUCCUCAUUUUUAUUUAUCCAAACAAAAUUAACACAAAUCAUUUCCUUCUAUUUUCUUCCCUUCCCUUUCUUUUCCUCCCCCUCCAUUUCCUUUUAUUUUCCUCCAUUCCCCUCCCUUCCCUUCACUUUACUAUUUUCUAUCCAAACAAGGGCUAAAACUCGGCAAAAAUAUCAUUAAAAUUUUAAGCUCAAAACCAAUGAAACAAGGGUUCUAUUCAAGAAAAUAGUGUCACCGUCUCUGUCUCAGCUCUGUUCAAAAUUUCCGCUGGAAAGCAUGUCAGAUCAAGCAAAUAAUCCUUUCAAUUUACCGCAAGAAGUGCUCUCCAUAAUGAUUCGUAAGCUGCCCAUUAAAUCAAUCAUUACAUGCGCAUGCGUUUGUAAAACCUGGAAUUCCAUGAUUAAUAGCCCCUCCUUCGUUUCCGAACACCUAAACGACAGCAUCUCCUCAUACAAGCAGGGCAAUACCCGCAUCUGCCUUCUUCAGCUUCGGACUCUGACCAAAGGAGAAGACGUCUUCUCCUUGCGCUUUGACAACCAAGAAUUCAACCAGUAUGCCCAACUUCAUUUCCCGUACAAAUCUAAAUAUGGGUUUCAGACAUUUGGAUCAUGCAAUGGAUUGGUAUGUAUCUUAAAUGGUAAUCUUAAACGUCCUGUGCACUUCAUCUUAUGGAACCCAGUUAUUAGGAAGUCUGUGAUCCUUCCAGAGCGAAGUUUCUUUGGGUUAGAAUCUGUUGGAUUAGGGUAUGAUUCAAGAACCAAUGACUACAAGAUCUUGGCAGUUUCAAACGUGCUGUAUGAUGAAGGGGUCUUACAAGUUGAGGUUUACUCUCUUAGGCAUGAUUCUUGGAGACGACUCGCUGAUGCUCAAGCAUUUUAUAGGUUGACUACGCAGAGAGCAAUGACUUUUCUUAAUGGAAAUCUCCAUUUUGCUGCAUUCAGGUCUGGAAGGGAUUUGAUUUUGGGAUUUGAUAUGGGUGAAGAAGUUUUUCGGGAAAUUAUGUUGCCAGACAGAAUGAGUUUGAGGAACUUUGGUGUUUGGGCAUGCCAGGAUUUACUAUCAGUAAUGUUGUUAGGUGCUAAUGAUGAUCUUCAUAUAUGGGUGAUGAAAGAGUAUGGCAUAGUGCAAUCUUGGACUCAGCUGUCAACUGUUAAUCUGGGUGACUUCAAAAGUCCAAGGCGAUUGGGGUUUAGAAACAACGGCCAUGUCUUCUUGGGCGUAGUAAACCUACAUUUCCAGGAAGAGGAUAUAGCUGGACGCAUGGUUUCACAGGAUUUGAAGAGCCAAGAGUUUCAGGAUCUUAAAAUUGAUGGAAGACAUGAUUGUUUUUUCAUUGACAGUUAUGUGGAAAGCCUAAUCCUUCUGAACAAAGGAAAUGACUUAUGUGAACACUAUGAAAUUGAAUCUUAUGAUGCAGAUGAUACCAGUGGUUAUUUUUCAAGUACUGCAGCUUGUGCAAGUUGUGCAAUGGGUGCUUUGAGUAAUGCAGUUGCUGAUGUAGCCCAUUAUUCAAGUGUGCCGCAAAGUAGUGACUUUAGUGGCAGUGAAAAAGAUAACAACUAUGCUCUCUCUGAAUAAGGAGCCUGGCAGGAUAUGUCAUGCAUCGGAACCAAAUGGUUUGAUUUUGAGCUGUGGAACUCGCAUUUUGAUAUUUUAAAAUAUAUCAUAGUGUUUUUUGGCCAAGACUAUAUUUGAAUGAAUGUUAAAUUUUUUGCUUCAGACUUUGUAUCUAGCUAUAUAUUUUGCCUUUUCUUAGCAAAUUUUAACCAUCUGCGGUUUUAUUUUAUCUGUGUUUGAUGUUUUUCUUGGCCAAACUGUAGGUUGAUUUUUAAAAUACUUAAAACUAGAAUGUAAUUAAACAUAUGUAAGGUAUGUACUUGUGCUGGUUGAAUUGCCGAUUCAGCUUAGCUUGU